AAAACAACGUGACCAGUUCUGCAACGAGCACUGCAGAAGAGCGAUCAUCUGUCCGCUUUUCUGCACAUUAUUAGGACCGUUUACAGAAGGGAUUAAACAGUGCACAGGAAUGGCAUUGAACAAAUCCAUGCAUUGUCGAAAUCGUUAUAAGGACAAACCACCAGACUUUGCAUACCUGGCUUCCAAGUAUCCGGAUUUUCAGAAGCAUGUACAGACAACAUUAUCCGGCCGAGUGGUGCUGAAUUUUAAGGACCCUGAGGCGGUGCGUGCUCUCACAUGCACACUGCUGAAGGAAGACUUUGGCCUGAGUAUUGAGAUUCCUUUGGAGCGGCUCAUCCCCACUGUCCCACUGCGCCUCAAUUACAUCCACUGGGUGGAGGAUCUGACCGGAGGGCAGGGCAGUCCACGCACGGGCAUCGAUAUCGGUACGGGGGCCUCCUGUAUCUACCCCCUGUUGGGAGCCUCAAUGAAUGGCUGGAACUUUCUCGCAACAGAGGUGGAUGACAUCUGCUAUAAUUAUGCCAAGAAAAAUGUCGAACAAAACAAUAUGGCAGACCUGAUAAAAGUGGUGAAGGUGCCCCAAAAGACCUUGCUAAUGGAUGCGCUAAAGGAGGAGUCAAUAGUGUACGAUUUCUGCAUGUGCAAUCCUCCCUUCUUCGCAAACCAUUUAGAGGCGAAGGGAGUCAAUUCAAGGAGCUCGCGCAGACCUCCGCCCAGCUCCGUCAACACGGGAGGAGUGACCGAAAUAAUGGCUGAGGGGGGUGAGCUGGAGUUUGUGAAAAGGAUUAUCCAUGACAGUGUGCAGCUUAAGAGGAGGCUCAGAUGGUACAGCUGCAUGCUGGGGAAAAAGUGUAGUCUGGCACCCUUAAAGGAGGAGCUGAGAAAACAAGGGGUCCCCAAAGUGACACACACCGAGUUCUGUCAGGGGCGCACGAUGCGCUGGGCUCUGGCCUGGAGCUUCUACGAGGAUGUGACCAUGCCAUCUCCGCCAAGCAAAAAGCGUAAGCUGGAGAAGGCACGUAAGCCGCUGACCUUCACCGUGGUCAAAGCCACUGCAGCAGAACUGCACUCUCAGGCCCUCAGCAAUGGAAAAACUCACACCAGCCAUGUGGAGAGCGUCACCUACUGGUUGGAGAGCCUUCUCACAGACCUGAAGGUGUUGCACAACCGUGUGCCCUCCUGUGACUCUGAACUCAGCCUCUUCCUGACUGCUGUGGAGAACACCUGGGUCCAUGCUCGGCAGAAACGGCGGGAAAAGAGCCGACAGCUUCGUGAGCUGCCCAGAGCCCCAGAGCCUGACGCUCCCACUACUGACAGCGUGCACCCGACACCAGCACCAGACCUUCCAGAUCCUCCCAGUAACGGAGAAGAAGCCAAGACAAAGCAGGAGUCUGAAAAGGACACCGAUGUCCCCUGUAAGACCUCCAGCACACAGGAACAGGAGUCCAGUAUCUCUGCUAUUUCCCCAAGCUCCAGCUCAGUCCCCAACUUCCUGUUUAAGUGUCUAAUGAAUGUGAAGGUGGAGGACGGUGAUGUGUUGGUUGAGAUGCACUGGGUGGAGGGUCAGAAUAAAGAUCUGAUGAACCAGUUAUGUACAAGCAUUAAGAACUCGCUCUUUCGCCAAGUAGCCAAGUCCAUUUAACCCUGAUUUUAACACGUUAUCUGCUUUUUAUUUUCAAAAUCUUAUUUCAUUAACAGAGAACAAUCUGUGGUAUGAGCCAUAAAUGUUUUAAGUCUGCCAGUACAGCGGUAAUUUUUUACUGAAUGUUUGGCUUUAUUA